AUGAAAUUGGUUGAUAUUCUAUUUGUACUGACUGCGGCAGCAGCCACUAAUGCAAUAUUGAUACCGAUUGAUAACAAUGGUUCAACCCAAACAUCAAGUACUUCCAGUCAAGUGUCUGGCCCAACCAAUGAACCUAAUCCAGGCACUUCAAAUGAAUAUCAGCAAGACAUAAUUGAUGCAACUAAUUUAAGCAUUUUCGACGAAGACUGGCAAAGUAUAUUUGACCCGAUUGAUCCAAGCACUUCUGAUCAAGACUGGCAACAACCAAUUGAUCAACCCAGUCCAAGCACUUCCAGACGAAGUCGAAAACGGCCAAUUGAUGAACACGGUUCAAGCAUUUCCAAGCAAGACCAACAACAAUCGAUGAAUCAACCCGGUCCGAGUGCUUCAAAACAAAGUCGGAAACAAUCAACUGAUGAACCCGGUCUCGUAUUUCCCGACAAAUACUGGCAACGCCUAAUAGAUGAAGUCAAUUCAGAUACUUUUGAAGACUGGCAAGAACUGUUUGAUAUAGCUGGUUUAAAUACUUCCAGUCAAGUUUCUGACCCAAUUGAUCAAGUCGGUCCAAACACAUCCGACCAAGACCAACAACAACCAGCUGAUCAACCCAGUUCAAGUAUUCCCGACCAAACUCAGCAACACCCAAUAGAUGCAACUGGCCCAAGUACUUCCAGUCAAGACCAACAACAGUCAAUGGAACAAGGCGAGUCUGCCAAUACUGUUUCAAAUCAAAUAGCUGGAUUAUGCGAAAAAUAUCAAAGUACCUUUAAUCGUAUAAAGCAAAAGCUUGUAGAGUCUAAAGAAAUACGAGAGAAAAAACUCAAAGAAUAUUGUGAUUAUAAAGCCAUUGGAUUCGAACAAUGGUCAGCGCUAGAAAGAGGAGAAGAUAUAUCUGGAUCAACGUACAAUCCAGACACUGAAAAGAUAUUGAAACAAGAGUAUGAAGCAGCAAGGGGUAGAGUACGCAAUGUCAGACAUAGAUUGAAGGAUUUUAUGAAAAGGCAUGGUUUGAAAUUUGAAGAACCGGGUUUGGAUUUGGAUUGA